GUCAAAGUGUUAAAAUCGUCAUGGUUUGCAAUAAUAUCUAAUUAAAUAAAUUCAUUGAUUGAAAUGUUUUAUUUAUACAUUAUAAUAAGUGCCAUUUCGAUAAAACGUUCCAGGUAAGUGAAUGUGGCUGCAAUAUUUGCAGCGAAUUGAUUCAUUUUUCGCUAACAAGUGAUUGUUUUAACACUGUUUUGUAUGGUCAAUUAAAACUUUGAAGAAUACAACAGCAAAUGACGAAACGUUAGCAGAAAUAAAGAUAAUUUAGGAAGCCUACAUUAAAAAAAUAUCGAAAUACGUGUAUCAUUAGUUGAAUAAUGUUUUAUUAAAUUUAAAUUACAAGGUAUCAGAUUAAUGAAGUCUGUUUAAUAUGCUCUGCAUAAUAAUGAUGUAUAUUACCCAAGGAAUGCUGUCUGCAUUCAAAAUUAAUUACAUACCUAUUACUAAUUUGUAGUGCAAUAGGUACAUACACGGAUUUUUUCUGUGAAAACUACAAAAUUAUUAAGUAAAAUAUCUAAUUAAUUCUGUCUAAAGGGCGGACCAUUUGUAUUUAAAACAGUUUCCCAAAAAGAAAAAUAUAAAAAUGAUACAACUUUACACAAGAUUUAGAAAUUAUAUUUUGGUCGAUAGUAUUAUUUGUCGUUCAUAAUCUAAAAUUUGUUUUUCUUUGAUUGUACGAAUUUCCAUUGUUCUUUUGUGAAUGUAGUGGGUGAGUAUGCGCAAAAUGAGUCAUUUGCAAUCGAUUUAAAACGUUAACGCGACCCUACCAUCGAAGCUGCUUUCACUUUUCCCCGCAUUGAAAUGUUUUCCUUGCUACCCCGUUAAAGUAUUUUUACCAAAAAAUCAAGAAAUAAAACACAAUUUCGUUAUGGCCUUCUCAAACAAUUCAUCUAUUUUAAAACCUCAAACCCCUUUGGAACAGUUACUCGAAGAAAUUAAUUUUCAAAGGACCAAAGAAAUGAGACAGCUUCUUAAAGAUGAUUCGGAUUUUAUAAUGCUUCAAGGCACAACGUAUUGGACAGAUUUGUUCGUAAGACAUUUCCUGUUUCAAAACGAAUCAUCGAUAGAUAGUGAUGAUCUUUUAUUUUUUGUAAGGAAAAAACACGUCAAAGGAUCACCUAGAUAUCUUCCUAAAUUCGAGACUGAAGUUGAUGUGUUUAGAAAAGAUAGUCGUAAGCUUCCUAUAGGCGAUCCAACAGUUGAUUGGGAAGAGACUGUUUAUUUAAAUCUAAUUAUUCAUCAAUUUGAGUAUACGUUAACUUUGGCAAUUUGUACACGAACGAGUCCUAAACAGUUGCAAGUUCUUAAACGUCAUUCCCAAAAGGUUUAUGCAUCUCCCAGUCGAAGAAGAAUGGACACCAAGGGCGAUGUAGAGGAGAUAACGUAUCCCCACAUUUGCUUCAUGGUGGACAAUUUCGACGAAGUGUUUUGCGAUAUCCUGGUAAGGGAUGGCGAAAUGGUUUGUGUCGAAUUAGUAGCUUCUGACAAGGAAGGGUCGGUUCAAGGGGCAAUUUUUCUAGGAUCGAUAAGAUACGAUGCACUCAAAAAAGUUUACGAUGCUAGACAAUCUAGUUUAAGCACAAAAGUAGCACAAAGAAUGACAUUUGGUUUGUUUUCGAAUUCUGCAUCCCAAAGAUGCGAAUUCGUUCGGAUGAAAGGACCUCAGGGUAAAGGACAUGCCGAAAUGGCUGUUACAAAACCUAAAGGUUCGGGUGCGGAGACUCCUUCAUCCGAACCCGGUUUUUGUGCGACUGAUAUUUGGGAUUCUGACUGGGAAGAAGAUUCAGAAGAAUUUUUUAUUUAUCGUCAUCAACGAAGACUUAGCGAUCCAAGUUCCAAUCUAAAUAAUUUCGUUAGGGGUGGAUGGAAAUCUAAGCUUGAUGUGAAAUCCAGGUCUGAAAACGAAGGACUUGAUUACAUGGACAAUGGGUUUGCAGAAAUCGAAGCAGGAGAUGUAAGAGAUGUUAAGUUUGGUCCUGCUUCAUCGGCAUCUAAAGAUGGUUGCUGUGGUUGUUUUCGUCAUUAUCGGAAGGAGUCGAUAGCCUUAUCUGAGGUUUACCAUCACUCGUGUACUGCUAGUUGCUUAGAAAGAGGUCCUUUAGAUCCCACAGGAGAACAAUGCACUUGCCCCACAAAUAAGCCCAACAAAAGUAAACGUAAAAAUCAAAAAAAGCUUAAGAAAACAACCACCGAUUCGGAUUCCAGAAAAACACCCACCAACGAAUUUGAAUAUGCGGAUGAUGCCGUAAAUUUAGCGAAUGAUUUUUUUGGGAAAAAUGAUUUACAAUCAAAACGUUACGAACCAAAAACUGAUAGUAAUGGUUUUUUAAACGUAAACGGAAGCGUGGAAUUACCCUGUUCUGAAAAUGUCGGGGGAUAUUCUUUGUCUAACACGAGGCCAGUGUUGCAAAUAAAUAGGGAUAAUAAAGGCGCUCAUCAAGUACAUAAUACUAAAAAUAAUAAAAGUAAUAACAACGCCGAUAGCAAUACAAUGUCUGAACCGAAAAUAAUUUUUAAUAUUGACCCUAAUUAUAAUAAGGUAAUUUAUAAAAAGCUUAACGGUUUAUGCACUCUGCCCAAGAUGAAAAAUAGACACAAGCUCGUUGCCCUACCCCCACAUAGAAUUACACCAGAUGGUACUCAUAUUUACUAUUGGUGUGACUUAAAUCGAAAAACUGCAAACGAGUUGGACGACGGGGCAUAUAAUCCUUUGUGGACCAUGAGAGGAUUUACUCAGACGUUUCAUUUUUGGAAGGAGAAUAAAAGAGCUCAAUCCACUCCCCUUAAUGCAUUUUUAACCUACAUCACUCUUCCUUGGUGGAGUAUUGCUAAAGAUAUUCUUGACCAUCAUGAGGCACCUAUUUUAACCUUUUAGUACUUAUUUAUUACUAUUCCAAUGAGAAUGAAUGGUUUUGAACGAUUUUGAUGUAAUGAUUAACAAUAUACCUAUUUAUUAUUAGACUUAAAGUGAAGUAUAAACAUUCCUUUUAAUAAAACUGUUCAUUUUU